UAUGCAACACAAAAUCAAAAUCCUAAACUACGUUAUGGAGUAAUAUGGAGUAUAGAUAAGACCCUGCCUAAACCCUGAGCAGCUAUAAGCUUUAGAAACCUCUCAGCUUCCCUCACACUGUCACACAUACCUAUACGGAACUCAGGCUCGAAUGGUUCUUGCAAGCUCGUUCCAGUGUUGUGACUGGAAAUCUGGAAUGAAUGACCUCUUAUCCCUGAGCCUAGGGAGACCUCCCCUCGUGCCGUGGCUCAGGAACGGGCCUGAUUUUAACAAUGGCUUCUUACCUGUAAGAAAGCCGUACUCCGUAAUUCAUAGGGCAGGAAACAUUGUUAAACCCAUCAAAGCUUUGGUUGAGACAUCUUCAUUUCCGCUGUUUCAACAGCCUCAAAACAAUGAAACUCCUUCUGAGAUGGAUUUAGCAGACCCAGACUUUUAUAAGAUAGGAUAUGUUCGAAGUUUUAGAGCUUAUGGUGUUGAGUUUAGAGAGGGACCUAAUGGGUUUGGUGUCUUUGCUGCUAAAGAUGUGGAACCUCUUCGACGUGCCCGGAUGAUCAUGGAGAUUCCAUUGGAGCUUAUGUUAACAAUAAGCGAAAGGCUCCCCUGGAUGUUCUUUCCAGAUAUUGUGCCAGUUGGUCAUCCCAUAUUCGAUAUUAUAAAUUCCACCAAUCCUGAGACAGACUGGGACUUGAGGUUGGCAUGCCUUCUUUUGCUUGCUUUCGAUCAAGAGGACAACUUUUGGCAAUUAUAUGGCGAUUUCUUACCAAGCGCUGAUGAAUGCACUAGCUUGCUUCUAGCAACAGAGGAGGACCUUUUGGAGUUGCAGGACCAAAGUUUGUAUUUAACGAUGAAAGAGCAACAAAAUCGUUGUCUGGAGUUCUGGGAAAAGAACUGGCAUUCUGCUGCACCCCUCAAAAUAAAGCGUUUGGCACGUGAUCCUAAGAGAUUUAUGUGGGCUGUUGCUAUCGCUCAAUCGCGUUGCACAAACUUGCAGAUGAGGGUUGGGGCCUUGAUACAGAAUGCAAAUAUGUUGGUUCCUUAUGCUGACAUGUUAAACCAUUCUUUUCAGCCAAAUUGUUUUUUCCAUUGGCGUUUUAAAGACCGGAUGCUUGAGGUUAUGAUAAAUCCUGGAAGAAAGAUAAAGAAAGGGGAGGAGAUGACGGUGAGCUACUUGGGUGGACAGCAGAACAGUAUGCUUAUGCAAAGAUAUGGAUUCUCCUCACCUGUGAAUCCCUGGGAUGAUUUGUCUUUCUCUGGUGAUUCCCGGAUACAUUUGGAUACAUUCUUGUCUGUCUUCAAUAUUACCGGUCUUCGAGAAGAAUAUUAUCAUAGUAGUCAAUUAGCAAAAGGAGGAGAUAAUUUUGUUGAUGGAGCCGUCAUAGCUGCAGCCAGAACAUUGCCCACUUGGUCAGAUGGAGAUGUGCCUAUAAUUCCUAGCAUAGAAAGAAAGGCAGCAAAGGAGUUACAGGAACAAUGCCAAGAAUGCCUGGCCAAAUAUCCGACAACAUCGAAGCAGGAUCAACGGAUUCUAGAUGAAUCUGAAAUACAAGAAGACCUUUACGAACCUGGAGAGAAUGAUGCAGGAGCAUCUAUUAUACACCAAGGUCUUCUCGUUCAACAUGACAAUCAAGAGCAAAUGGUGAAAGAAGUUCAAUUCAUAAGCUUAACAAGCACGGUUUUUCCUAAACCACUUGUUAAACACCUUGAUUAGGCUAUUUCUUUCUUGAUCUCCCUUUAAGCAAGGUUAAUUAAUGCUUAUAAUACUCUAAUCAUCAUUAAGUAUUGUUAAUCAAGUUUAGUUGGUGAUUAAUUAGCUUAAUUAAGGUAAUUAGUUUAGCUAAUCUUGAUUAAGGCAAAGUUGUUUUUGCUCCUUCAUGAUCUGAUUUUUGUAAGGCCUUAAAGGAAGCUUAAUUCUGAAAAUUCAAGGUCAUCUCAUGCUUAAAUGUGACCUCAUGGAUGACUAGUAAGGUCAUAUGAACUUCAUAUGGGCGUGAAAGCAGCAACAAAUGAGAAAGGAGAGCUUCAUGGUGCAGAAUGCUAAGCUAUUCUGCAGUUUUAGGCGUCCCAGUACCCUUCUUUUCUUCAGUUUUGGGCAAUACUUUUCCCUUCUGCAAAUGAAUUGUGAAGAUAUUUUGUUUAAGAUAUGUACUUUUAUUUCCUGUAGGCUAAUUUUCUGAUUUGCAACGUCUUCUAGAAUAGCUUAGCUAAUCGUUAGAAGGUGUGGUGAAACAGUUUUCUUUUCCGUUUCUCUUAUUUUAUUGCUUUAGUUAGGAUAGCAAAUGACGCCCUUUUGGGCUGAUUUUUGGACAUGUUGUAACCUUAUAUGUCUAGUUUGUAAUGCUUUUGGAAGCAGAUCAUUCCAGUGAAUAUUGGAACUUUUAUGCUAAGUUUACUAA